ACGCUGUCUAACCUCAUACGUCAUCAGCACGCGCCUGCUGUGUUGCUCGCGCCAUUCCUACAAGCGUGUGAUUCCAUCUCCCAUUACAUUACCAUUGGCAGAGCUUUAGCAGCCACUGUUUCAAGCAUAUAUUCUGUUUUCAACUGAUAUUCCUUUAGUAUUCCCCUGCAGAAAUAUCCAGCUAUGGAUAUGGACGGUGCCAGUUCAGUGGUGCUGCAGGCCUUAACCCAAGCUACCAGUCAGGACACAGCUGUUCUGAAGCCUGCGGAGGAACAGCUCAGACAGUGGGAGACCCAGCCAGGCUUCUACUCUGUCCUUCUGAAUAUCUUCAAUAACCACAUGCUGGAUGUGAACGUCAGGUGGCUGGCUGUGCUGUACUUCAAAAAUGGCAUUGACAGAUACUGGAGGAGAGUAGCGCCUCAUGCUUUAUCAGAAGAGGAGAAAACGUCAUUACGUGCCGGUCUCAUCACAAACUUCAAUGAGCCUGUCAAUCAGAUAGCGACCCAGAUUGCAGUACUGAUAGCCAAGGUGGCCCGUCUGGACUGCCCCAGGCAAUGGCCAGAGCUCAUCCCCAUUCUGCUCGAGUCUGUGAAGGGACAGGAUGGAUUGCAGCAGCACAGAGCGCUGCUAACCUUCUAUCAUGUCACCAAAACCCUAGCGUCCAAGCGUCUGGCGCAGGACAGACGGCUUUUCCAGGAUCUGGCGUCAGGCAUCUACAGCUUUGCAUGCUCCCUGUGGAGCCACCACACCGACUGCUUCCUCCAGCAGAUCUAUGCCAGAGAUGAGGCUACAGCGCUCAGCUCGCUGGAGAGGACGCUGCUCUCCCUUAAAGUGCUUCGCAAGUUGACAGUCCAUGGAUUUCAAGAGCCACAACAGAAUAUGGAAGUGAUGGGUUUCCUGAAUGCAGUGUUUGAAAGGCUAAAACAGUUCUUGGAAUGCUGUCGGCAGGUUGGUCCAGAUAGCACAUGCAGAGAAAAGCUGGAAAAGACGAUCAUAUUGUACACUAAAGUUUUGUUAGAUUUCCUGGAGUACCAUCCAUGCGCAUUUAUACCCCUAAUCCAGCGUUCCCUGGAAUUUGCCGUCAGCUACGCGUUCACACCUGCAGGGGAGGGAGUGACCUUUGAACGCUUCAUUGUUCAGUGCAUGAACCUCAUCAAGAUGAUUGUAAAGAACGAUGCCUACAAACCUGCCAAGAACAUUGAUGACAGUAAACCAGAGAGUCUGGAGGCUCACAAGAUCAAGACAGCAUUCUUCACACACCCCACUCUGACCGAGAUUGGACGUCGGCUCGUCUCACACUACUUUCUUCUCACUGAGGAAGAGCUGGCAAUGUGGGAAGAGGACCCUGAGAGCUUUGCUGUUGAAGAAACAGGUGGUGACUCUUGGAAAUACAGUCUACGGCCCUGUACAGAAGUAUUGUUCCUGGAUAUCUUCCACAACUACAGCCAGACACUGACACCGGUGCUACUGGAUAUGGUUCAGAAUCUCCAGGGCCCAACCAAUGUGGAAGACCCUGUUCAGUUGCUAAUGAAGGAUGCAGUAUACAAUGCAGUGGGACUGGCAGCCUACGAGCUGUUUGACAACGUGGACUUUGACCAGUGGUUCAAGAAUCAGCUUCUUGGAGAGCUGCAAGUCAGCCAUCACAGGUACAAGUUGAUUCGCCGACGAGUCAUCUGGCUAAUAGGACAAUGGAUCUCUGUCAAGUUCAAAUCUGACCUUCGACCUUUACUUUAUGAGGUCAUCCUGAGCCUCAUGCAGGAUCCUGACUUGGUGGUGCGGAUUGAGACAGCUACAACCCUGAAGCUCACUGUUGAUGACUUUGAGUUCCGGACAGAGCAAUUCCUCCCAUACCUCGAGUCUAUCUUCGGUCUGCUCUUCCAGUUGUUGCAGCAGGUGACAGAGUGCGACACUAAAAUGCAGGUGCUCCAUGUCAUCUCCUGUGUCAUCGAGAGAGUAAACAUCCAGAUCCGGCCAUAUGUAGGCUGUCUGGUUCAGUACCUGCCCCUGCUCUGGAAGCAAUCUGAAGAACACAACAUGCUUCGAUGUGCCAUACUCACUACACUCAUCCACCUGGUACAGGGCCUGGGGGCAGAGAGUAAGAACCUGUACCCUUUCCUUCUUCCUGUCAUCCAGCUGAGCACCGAUGUUUCCCAGCCACCGCAUGUGUAUUUGCUGGAGGAUGGACUGGAGCUUUGGUUGGUGACUUUGGAGAACAGCCCAGCCAUCACCCCAGAGUUGCUCAGAAUUUUCCAGAACAUGUCCGCUUUGCUGGAAUUGAGCUCCGAAAACCUGCGCACCUGCUUUCAGAUCGUUAAUGCCUACAUAUACUUGUCUGCCACAGAGUUCCUGCAGAAUUAUGCAGAAUCAUUAUGUCGAUCCUUCUGUGACCUGCUGAAAGACAUCACGAAUGAGGGACAGGUCCAAGUGCUCAAGGUGGUAGAGAUAGCUUUAAAGGUUAGCCCCCUACUGGGAGCCCACAUGUUCCAGCCCCUGCUGCCAGCUGUCUUUAGAGGUAUUGUGGACGGUGAGAGAUAUCCCGUGGUGAUGUCCACCUACCUAGGCAUCAUGGGCCGCGUCUUGCUCCAGAACUCCAGUUUCUUCUCCUCUCUGCUCACUCAAAUGGCCUCUGAGUGCAGCCAGAAGAUGGACCAGUUAUUGGGUAGUGUGAUAGAGAUGUGGGUCGACCGCAUGGACAACAUCACUCAGCCUGAGAGAAGGAAGCUGUCGUCUCUGGCUCUGCUUUCCCUCCUACCAUCUGACAACAGUGUGAUCCAGGACAAGUUCUGUGGAAUCAUCAACAUCUCCGUUGAGGCGCUGCAUGAUGUAAUGACAGAAGAUCCCGAAACAGGCACCUUCAAAGACUGCAUGCUGAUGAGCAAUUUUGAGGAGCCCAAGCUGAGUGAUGAUGAAGAGCCGCCAACUGAGCAGGACAAGAGGAAGAAACUGUUGGCCCUGGAGGACCCGGUGCACAGCGUUUCUCUCCAGCAGUUUGUCUAUGAGAAGCUGAAGGCGCAGCAGGCCCUGAUGGGGGACCAAGGCUUCGGGGUCCUGAUGGAGACGGUGGACACGGAGCUUGUCAGGCAGCUCCAGGAGUUCCUCCAAGGCCUCUGAAUCACGUCUACAAUAUUUCGCUACCUUACACAAACAUCUUUGCCCAAUGCUACCCUUUUCCCCUCACUUUUGAAAAUGUACUGGAAAGGCUAACAAUCUGCCCGACGUGUGGACUCCUAAUCCAAACCUUCCCAACCUCUACCCAUGCUAUGCCUUAUCUAUAUUCAGACCUAGCCUUGUCGACUGUCUUCAGCUGUCACACCCUUUGUCCUGUUCUCUAUUAUCUGGAUUCCUUUACAUCCUUUUUUUUUGUUUUUAUCAAGAUGGGGUCUAUGUGGGUACUUAAAAAUGUAAAAGUACCUUCACAUUUUCAAAACACCCACAUAAAAACAUCACAACACUAGAGCUUCCACACAAUUCUUGAAGUUUCUUCUCUUUCUGUGGUUUUAAAGUGGAAUGGGUAGUUGAGGAGUAUAUAGGAAAAAACACCUGAAGGUGCCAGAGCGGAAGCCUCGGACUAUUUUCUACAGGAAAAAAAAGUACAGACUGUAGCUGAAAUAUUGAUAAAUCGUACCUAAAGGACCUAAAGCAGUGUUUACAGAAUCUAUUCUUAAAAAGAGAAAAAAAGAAAUGUAAUUUUGUAAGUAUGUAAAGUAUGAUGUUCUGCAUGACAAUAUUUUGCUUUUUAGUUUUUUACUUUGUGUUAAUUUCUCUUCCAUUUUCAAAAAAGAUAAUUUUGUCAUAACCAGAGGUCAAAUUGAAGUAACUACUGAGAGAACUCGAAGGUGUUUUUCUUUCUUUUUGAGUUGGGUUAGAGGGAAUUUUUCUUGAUUGUAAAAUGGGUUAAAAUGGGUUUUGUUGAUUUGUAAGAGUGCUGAACCACAUUUUCAUAUAUAUAUAUAUAUAUAUAUAUAUAUAUAUAUAUAUAUAUAUAUAUAUAUAUAUAUACACUGCUGCUAAUUGAUGGUGUAUCGGAGCACUUUAAUAACCAAAAACUGUUUAACAUGUUUUCAUCUUUUUCUCAAUGGUACAUCUUCUCACAUCAUUGGACUUUAACAGAGUGGUAGAAGGCCUUAGAGCAGUGUGGCAGGAUUGUGCAAAUUAGGCUUUAGUUGCAUUAAGACCCUCAUCUUGAAUUGUUGCUGUAUUUCAUGUCUCAGUGCUAACUUGUACAAAAUACUGACUGACAACAAAAAAAGUAACAUGCCAUUAGGUUGUGUCUUUAUUAUUUCAUUUGAAAGAAUUUGAUGAAUUUUGACUGAAGUGGCUUUUAAAGAAGUGACAUUGUGAGCCACUGUGACUUUCUGAGUCAAAAUACAUCGUGUUGCGUGUAGCUGCCCUGCAGCUUUUUCAGUUUUUAUGAUUUGGACAGUCGUUAAUGGUUUUUUAGUGGUAGAGAUGAAGCUUUGAUAUAUUUGAUUUGACAGAAGAACCAGUUUUUCCUUUAAGUUCUCUCAGAAGAAUUGAUUAUUUGGAAUUAUUUGUCAAACCUAUAAUAUAAAGAAAAAUAAUAAAUGACUGAAUAUUGGCACUGAAGUUCUAUAAUCAUUAACUGAAAACAUUUAUACAAUUGGCAUGUGGAUCUGUUUCACACAGAAUCCAAAACGGUCUAGAAAUAUAUCUUGUUUGUAAUUUGAAACAUAGAGAAAAAACGAGAUUUACUCUGGGGUCACCCUGCCUUUAUAAUCUAUUCUGGAAUUUAUGGAUUAAUAUGGUUUUAUUUGCUCUCAUUAGGUUGGUCAACCUCCCUGGGACGGAGAUAAUCCUGACACUAGCUCCUUUGACACUGUGAUAGAGUUGAGUAGCGGUCAGAAUUACGGCCUUAUGCUUUCAGCCUUACCUAUCCUUGAAACUCAAAAGACCUUUCUUACAAUUAUGUUCAUUUCUUAACUAGUUUAACAGUAGAGGAUUUCUGUACUCGUAUUCUGUUAAUGAUGGUAAUUAUGAAGUUUAGAACACAACACACAGUAGAGAGAUGUUUUGGGUUAUAAGUUUGGUUAUGUUUUGAUGGAAAAUAAUCCUUGUUGCUUUUUUCAAAGCCUUCAAUAAAAUGCAGUAAUCAGCCAAAA